AACUUCAAAACUGGGCUGGGGUUGUUGUGCCAACUUUUAGUUGCGUAUUUCGGAUAAAAAUGGCCCACCAGCAAGAAAAACCCUUGAAAAUAUCCAAGCAACUGAGAUCGAAAGCCCACGAGUUCCUUACAUCUCGUAGAAAUGCAGAUAGUUUGAUGAAUAUCAUCAACCACUUUGAUGCUGGAGAAGAUUUGCCUUCAUGUUUACUAACAUUGGAAAUGAUUUUCACCAGCCUUUUGAAGGAGAGGCAUAUGUUCAUAGAAAUUGUGCCGUUGAAACCUGUGGAGAAGACGGAGGAGAACCAGUUUAAAACAUGGUUGAGAAAUGUCUAUGAAGAAUGCUUUACUAAGAUUUUGCAAUGUUUAGAACAUAGCUCACAGAAAGUGCAAAUGCAAGGCCUAGCUACAGCUAUGAAUAUACUUUCUCAUGAAGGAAGAUUCCCAUUAGAAUCAAAGGGUUCCUUUGAUAACUAUGUGCCACUGAUGAAGCUAAAAUCUGUGCUGAUGAAGUUGCUGUCAAAUAAGCAAAAUAAUAUGCAGUUGAUCAACAAAUACACAGAGUAUUUGUUGUUUGAUGAUGUACUGUUUUUCACCUGGAAAAUAUUACCAUCUUUGACUGCCAAGUCUAACCCUAAUGAAGUUUAUAUCAUGAAUUACCUUAUUCUACUAGAGAAAUUGAAUGUUUAUCAGAAUGCAGAAACUAAAUUUUUAUGUGGCAGUGGAAAUGUAUCAGGAGCUUUCUUUACAUUUGAUGAAAACAUCAUCAAGAAAUUCCUGAACAAAAUAUGGCACUGUGUUAUGCACUGGGAGCAUACUCCUGACACCCACAAACAAGUUUUGAUUGUGCUCCUGGAAAAAGUGCUCUGUCACCUUGAAAAACCCCUACUGCUCACUGAUUUCCUCAUGGAUUCUUUGGAUGUUGGAGGGGCAGUGAGCCUGCUAGCCUUGCAAGGCAUCUUCACUAUGAUCCAAGUGCACAAUUUGGACUACCCUAAUCUGUUUGCCAAGCUGUAUUCCAUGUUUGAGCCAGAAAUUUUCCACACCAAGUAUAAAGCCAGGCUGUUUCAUUUGUCUGAUCUGUUUCUGAGUUCCACUCACUUGCCUGAGACCCUGGUGGCUGCCUUUGCCAAGAGGAUGGCCAGACUAGCUCUGGUUGCACCAUCAGAAGAUGUCAUCAUUCUGUGUAAUUUCAUUGGGAAUCUUAUCUUGAGACACCCCGGCCUAAAAUGCCUUCUGAACAACCCGGGCUGCGCUGCCGCCAGCACGGAUCCCUACAUCAUGGAGGAGCGCGACCCCCUCAAGUCCAACGCCAUCAUCAGCUCCCUGUGGGAGCUGCAAACGCUCCAGAACCACGUGAUCCCUUCCGUGGCCGUUGCGGCCAGGUUCAUAAACACCCCGCUGCCCAGCGUCGAGUGGGACUUGGGGCAGAUUUUGGAAAAUACUGGGGAUGAUAUUUUCGACAAGGAGGUGAAGAAGUUCAGCAAGCUCAUAGUGCUGCAAUUCGAGAAGCCUGUGGGGGCUUCUAUAGGGAAAGGGGAGCGGGUGAUGCAGUAUUGGAAUUUGUAGGAUGGGAGCUGGGUUUGUUCUGUUGUUGUAUACAUGUUUCUUUGGUAAUGCUCCACCUCACCAAAUGGCAUCAAGAUUACAAUUUGUGAAUUUGAGUCCAGCUGAUUUAGAAUUCAUAAUCUUAUUACCUUGAAAAAUAUACAAUAUGUUCAAUAUUUUACCUACAUAAUAUUUAGACAUAAGUUGUGAUAUCUAUAAUGCCUGGGAAUGGGCUUAUAUUAUGCUGUGUUAUAUGUAUGUAUGAUACUGUAGAAUUAGAAUCCAUUAUAAAUUGUAAUUUUUGUUACCUACUUAUAUGUUUGAAUAAAAAUGUUGCUUUUU